CUCGGCCCGAUGCUGACGACUCCCUCGACUACGCGGACUCUUCCGAGGAGACGCGCCCACCUCGCCUUGUUUCCGACUCGCAAUCCCCCAGACUUCCGACUUCUUCAGCGGAAACAACCACUGCCUCGUUGCUCCUCCUCGGAUCUCUCCCCCCUUUCCUUGGUGCUUCGCUGCUGGAACAGAUGAGUCGAUCGAUUCGGUAGCGGAGAUUGGGAAUUUAGUGAGGAACUUUCCGACUUGGCGUCGGAUUCGUGGAAAAGUUGAGGUUCUGCGAUUUCGGUUUGUGUUGAGAAAUUAAGAGUCGCCAUCGAGCUGUGCGGAAUUUGAUGGAUAAGAUGCGCUUUUUAAGAUCCUGCUGUUCAUGGCUUGCAGGUCCCUCAUUAACUGUCGGUAAAGGUAGAAACUCGCAAGGUCGCAUCAGAGUUAGUUAUGGGUUUAGCCUACUAAAAGGAGCAGCAGCUCAUCCUAUCGAGGAUUAUCAUGUAGCCAAAUUCAUCCAUAUCAGAGGUCAGGAACUUGGUCUAUUUGCUGUCUUUGACGGCCAUUUAGGCGAUAGUGUCCCGGCAUACUUGGAGAAGCAUUUGUUUGCCAAUAUUAUAAAUGAGGAAGAGUUUUGGACACAUCCUGAUAUUGCCAUCAGAAGGGCCUAUGAAAAGACUGAUAAUGAGAUACUUUCUCAGAGUCGUGAUCUGGGGCGAGGUGGAUCCACUGCUGUUACGGCAGUCCUAGUCAACGGCACCAAAUUGUGGAUAGCUAAUAUUGGCGAUUCAAGAGCUGUUCUUGCAAAAUCUGGAGAGAUUAUACAAAUGUCAACAGAUCAUGAACCAGAUUCUGAACGUGAAAGAAUUGAAACGAGGGGUGGCUUUGUUUCUAACAUGCCAGGAGAUGUCGCAAGAGUUAACGGUCAACUAGCUGUUUCACGGGCUUUUGGAGACAAGAACCUCAAAACACUUCUAAGUUCAGAUCCUGAUAUACAAGUUGAAGAUACAAGCUCCGAAACAGAGCUGCUCAUUCUUGCAAGUGAUGGCCUUUGGAAGGUUAUGAGCAAUGAGGAAGCUGUCAAUCUUGCGAGAAAAAUCAAGAAUCCAUUAGCAGCAGCUAAACAGCUGACACUGGAAGCCUUCAACAGAGAUAGUAAAGAUGACAUAUCAUGCAUUGUUGUUCGAUUCAAGGGAUAGGGUUCAAUCAGACAUCUCAUGAGAUAGAUGAUCAUCAAUAUUUUCCUUAUGUUAAAUAUGCUUAUACGACUAUGGCAUAAACCUCCGUGCAAACCAUGAUUUGUUCCUUGAAGCUGCAUCGAACAACUCACUCAUGCACAAGUGAAGUUCUAUACCCUCAUGACAUCUGUUGUAAUUGCUUUGUCAUUUUGUAAGUUAACUUUUGUUUGUUUCUUUUCUGUAUAAAUCCAGCAUGCCCUACAGGUGUCCUCUGGUGAACAUCUUUCUUUUUUUUCAUAUGGUGAUGUGAAGGUUAUAUGUUCUCUUGGUAUUCAAUCAUAUAGAUAUUGAUAUCAUGCUUGCAAAUA